AUGGAGAAAAGAACCAAACUACAGUCUCUCUGUGCGACGCGUUGGGCUGCCAUGGCUGACGCUCUAUUCACGUUUGUGUCCGCAUUUACAGCCGUUGAAUCAGCACUGAAUGUGCUCGCAACUGAACAUGGAGAUACAAAAGCUGCAUCAUACAGAAGCGGGAUCUUAAGCUUCGACUUUAUCGUCACUCUUGUAGCUGUCGAGUACAUUCUCAGUGGCGUCGUUCCUCUGUCCAAGAUGUUGCAGAAAGAAAAUUGCGAUCUUGUUCAAGCAUCGUUAGAGGCGAGGGUUUUAACAGCCCAACUCGAUACUGAUAGGAACGAUGAUAGUACUUGGGACAGUUUGUUUACUAAAGCGGUGGUUUUGGCGCAGCAAGUUGGAGUGGAGCCUUCGAUUCCUCGUAACGCUAAAAGGCAGGAAAACAGGCCUAAUGCUCCAGCAGCAACACCAUCAGACUUCUGGAGACGAAACAUGUAUAAAAAAUUCGUAGAUCAUCUCAUUACAGAAUUGAGGGAUCGCCUUCUUGUUCCACAUGGGCGUUUUAGGGCGCAGUACCUCAUUCCAAACCAGGUUGGUGAGCUGGAAAAUGAGACGGUGCAGCAAAUCUUUACCGAAUUUGAGGCUGAUAUCAACGGCGACAUUGAUCAAUUCUGCAACGAAGUUCGACGUUGGAAAACGAGAUGGAGAGCAGUGACGCCGAAAGAUGUCCCCAACUCACUUGAAACAGCUAUAAAAAGAGCCCCUUUGGAAUUGUAUCCAAACAUAAGAAUGUGCCUAUCAAUUUUACUGGCUAUGCCAGUUUCUACGGCAACAGCAGAAAGGUCGUUUUCGACGAUGAAGCGCGUUAAAACGUAUCUGAGAAACACCAUGACAACAGAACGACUCUCUGGCUUAGGUUUGAUAAAUAUUUACAGAGAUAGGGAGAUCAGUUCCGAGAGAGUGGUCGACAUCUUUGCUAGGCGCAAUAACAGAAGACUAGCUCUUAUAUUUCGUGUUUAA